UAAAUUUUAGGUUGUCUUUGAAUUAGUUCGUCGUGGAAUCGUGUCGAAGGUAGACGUGUACAAUGACUGAAGGAUAUAAACUUGGUGAUUUAGUUUGGGCUAAGAUGAAGGGUUUCAGCCCUUGGCCAGGCCGGGUAUCUAUACCAACUCCUGAAUUGAAGCAUCCAAAAAAAGGAAUGUCUGUGCAAUGCAUUUAUUUCUUUGGCACCAAUAAUUAUGCGUGGAUAGAAGAGCAUAAUAUUAAACCUUACCAAGAGCAUAAGGAGCAAUUGAUAAAAUCAAGCAAGUCGGCAGCAUUUAAAGAGGCCUGCAAUCAGAUUGAAGACUACAUAAUUCAUCCUGAGAAUUUUGGCGAGAUUGACGAGCAUGUACGUGACCCAGACGAGGAGUUUGACAAGUUGAAGGAUGUCCUCCGAAAGGAGAGCACGGAGUCCGUUCCCAAGGAGGAGGCCACGCCUGAAGUGAAGAAAGAGAAGAAGAGCUCUACGCCCAAGAUUCGUUUGGGUUCCAAGGUGAAGGCUGUUAAACGUUCGUCAUCGACUGGUCUGAAAGCCACGCCCAGGAAAAUGGCGAAGGCGUCCCGAUCUUUUACAGACACGGACUUGGCCAAUGAUAAGCCGUCCAUGCUGAACCACUCGUUCUCGAAGAAGUCAAGUCUUCUGCAGCGGCCAUCGAAUAUAUUGAGGCCUGAAACACCGCCCUUGGAUCUCGAGAACGUAUCUGAAACGCUCCUGGAGAAGAACAUAAAGGCGAGCCAAAUGAAAUUCGGCUUCCUCGGCCUGGGAAUUAUGGGGAGUGGAAUUGUCAAGAAUUUACUCAAUUCCGGCCAUAAGGUUCUUGUCUGGAAUCGUACUGCUGCCAAGUGCAAAGACUUUGAGAAAGUUGGUGCGACAAUAGCGGUGACGCCCUGCGAUGUCGUCGAAGAAGCUGACAUCACGUUCUCGUGUGUCGCAGACCCACAGGCAGCUAAAGAGAUGGUAUUCGGGAACUGUGGUGUGCUCCAUUGCCCCACAUUGGAGGGCAAAGGAUACGUGGAGAUGACAUCCAUUGACUCUGACACAUCACACGAUAUCGUAGAAGCCAUCAGCGGAAAGGGGGGACGGUAUCUGGAAGCGCAGAUACAAGGAUCGAAAACGCAGGCGGAAGAGGGGACCCUCAUAAUCCUGGCUGCGGGAGACCGCUCCCUCUUCGACGACUGCCAAUCCUGCUUCAAGGCUAUGAGCAAGAAUUCCUUUUACCUUGGUAGCGAUAUAGGAAACGCGUCAAAAAUGAAUUCGGUACUGCAAGUGGUGGGUGGAGUCUCCUUAGCCGCGUUGGCUGAAGGGUUGGCUCUCGCUGACAGGGCGGGGCUGAACCAGGCUGAUUUGUUGGAUGUUCUAGCGCUCACACCGCUGGCUUCCCCUCAUUUGAUACUCAAAGGAAGAGCAAUGAUAGAGUCGUCGUACUCCACGCACCAGCCCCUCAGCCACAUGCAGAAGGACCUGAAAUUGGCCCUGGGACUCGGAGAUGCCUUGGAACAGUCUCUGCCCCUCACCGCCACUACGAAUGAGAUCUUCAAACACGCGAAGAGACUGGGUUACGCCAACCACGACGUGGCAGCUGUGUACAUCCGUGCUAGGUUCUAAUCCCGGUUAAAAGGAAGGGAGUGUAGGCGGAAUACUGUUUGAGCUAUUAUGCUGGUGGCGUUUGGAAUUACUAGUUUGUUUUUGCUUUUGACGCGUUAGCCUUUUGACCAUCGACGGGUUGGCCUUUUGUCCAACGACACACUGGCCUUUUGACUUCGACGCGUUGGCCUUUUGGCUAUCGAUACAUCGACCUUUUGUCUUUCGACGCGUUGGCCUUUAUUAAUGAUAUAACGCUGGGUAUCUAAGAAACCUUGAAUGACUUUAUUAUCAAACCAGUGUUAUAGUAACUAGUGUUUUCGUCAUCAGCAUAUAUGUCUGUCUCUUUCUCUCUUCCUUUAUCCAUCUCAGUUAUUGGUUGGGCUUGACAAAGUAAAAUUAUGAUUAUUGUUUCGUAAUUGGCUAAUAGAUGGAAAUGAAAGCCUUAUUACCGAUUACAGAGAUAUACAAUUUCUAUAAAUUAGGAGAUCACUGUAUUUUAAUAGCCUUAAAUCAUUAAUAUUAAGAAAUAAAGAACUUUGGUUAUUAUUGAUUGAUAUUUGUUACAUACGAUAAGUAUUUAAAUGACUUAAUCAAGCCCGCUGACCAAAAAUUAAGUUAUAGCUAACAGAACGCAGUUAAAAAUACAAGUGCUAAUAACAAAUAUAAAUCCUGAUUCUCAAAGUUAAGAUGACUUUAUAAGUAGCCUUUUAAAUGUUGCGUUCUGUUAGGUGUUGGAUUUGACGAUCGAUUUUUAAAAAUGAGGGUAGUCUCAAAAUUCACAAAGAGGGUAGUUAUAAAAUCGGUCGUAGUUAAUAUUAAGCUAGUUAUAAUAGAUAAAUAAGUUCGACGUUUUUUUUUUCAUUUGCAUUUAAAGUACAAUAAAAUAUGUAAAUACAAAUAUUUUGUAUCAAUUAUUUAAGUUACAUUUUUGAAUUGAACCUCCCCUUUUUUGACGUCGGUUAUGAUUCUGAUCUUAAUAAAUACACUAAUUUUAAAAGAUGACAACCAAAAUGGCGCCAAAUUUUGACAGCUGACGUAUUAAAAUUAAAUGCGUUAAUUACAGUUGACAGAGUUUUCAAAAGUGUUGAAAACUUGUUAAUGUUUGUUAGUUUAUUGCGAUCUAAUCAUUUAUAUGAGAGUUCUUUUAAAGGCCGGCAACGCACUUGCGAGCCUUCUGGCAAUGUAAAGUGUCCAUGGGCGGCGGUAUCAUUUAACAUCGGAGUGGCCUUUUGCCCGUUUACGUCCUGUUUUAUAAUUUAACUUUAAAAAUCAUAAUUCAAACAUACAAGAGUCCAUCCAAAUACUUUGAGAUUAUUAACUGACAAACACGACCAUUCGAUAUUUAUCUAUUUACUAAGUUUUGAGGCCAUAUUUCGAUAAGGCCAGAACUAUAUAUAUAAGCCUUUAUUAUUAGCUUAUGAAACCAACGCCGAGUGUUUUUUGUUUUUUUUUUAGAUAUUAACCCACAAUGUCCAUUUAUUAAUGUAAACGUCGAAUAUGUUUAAGUAAUAAAUUAAUUUUAAUA